GCGCGAACCCCGAUCAGUCGUGUUGCGGCGGCUGUACCUGUCGCAGCGGAAUGUAAUGGAUCGUAUCACAACAAACUAAACGAACCGGUUGUCCUUUUUUUCCGCAUCUUUCGAUACUUCGUGUUCUCAUUUACCAUAACCUUGCCUGCGACCGGGUUAAACACUUUUAUAUCUCGUACGACAUCGACAGCCAUCCAGUUGAAUUAUAGCCUCUUUGUGUACCGAAGUGACCUGGCGGGAUGUCGCACGACAAUUUGGGAUUUACAUCGAGCACGGUUGUUCUGGACGCCAAUAAGUGGACCGAGUCGACGAAAAGUAAUCAAAAUGGUUACGAGUCAGGACGCCACAAAGGCAACGUCUAUGUCCUGGAGCUGGAGGAUAAGAAGAAGAGCGUGCAAGAGUACGAGGAGGACUAUAAUCCUUAUGAUCACAGAGUGGUCGAACAUCCAACGACGAGCGCCGAGACGUUGCUCCAUUUGUUGAAAGGCAGUUUGGGUACCGGGAUCCUCGCGAUGCCGAGGGCCUUUCACAAUUCGGGCUACGCAGUUGGCAUAGUGGCGACGAUCAUCAUAGGUCUGCUUUGCACAUACUGCAUACGAAUUCUCGUCAACUCGCAGUACGAACUGAGCAAACGGAAAAGGGUGGCGUCGCUGACCUAUCCCGCGACAGCGGAAGCUGCUCUGACGGUGGGCCCAGCGCCAUUCAGGCGUUUCGCGAAAGCAUCCGUGCACGCGAUAAACCUAUUCUUGAUGAUAUAUCAGCUGGGGAGUUGCUGCGUGUACACCGUGUUCAUCGCCACGAAUUUGCAAAUGGCGAUGGACUCGCAUCCCCCGAAAAUCGACCUGAGGCUGUACAUGUUGGCGAUCCUGUUGCCCCUGAUCCUCGUGAAUUGGAUCAGGAACCUGAAAUUCUUGGCCCCGUGCUCGACGAUCGCGAACGGCAUCACGUUCGCCAGUUUCGGUAUAAUAUUAUAUUAUAUCUUCAGGGAUCCGUUGUCCUUCGAGGAUCGUCAGCCUAUCGGGCACGUCCAGGAUUUCCCGCUUUACUUCGGCACCGUGCUUUUCGCUCUCGAGGCUAUAGGCGUGAUCAUGCCGCUGGAGAACGAGAUGAAGAGACCGAAGAAUUUCAUAAAAUCCUUUGGAGUGCUCAACAUAGGAAUGGGCACCAUCGUCGUUCUCUACACGGCCAUAGGAUUUUUCGGUUACAUACGUUACGGUAGCGCGAUUCAGGGCAGCAUCACGUUCAGUCUGAACGAUCCGAUGCCCCUGGCGAAGAGCGUGCAGAUCCUCUUAGCCGUGGCCAUCUUCUUCACCCAUCCGAUUCAAUGCUACGUGGCCAUCGACAUCGUCUGGAACGAGUACGUGGCUCCGAUGAUGGAGAAAAAUUCGCACAAACUCUUAUGGGAGUACGUCGUCAGGACCGUCCUUGUCCUUAUAACGUUUUUACUGGCCAUAGCGAUCCCCGAGCUGGAGCUCUUCAUUUCCCUGUUCGGUGCCUUGUGUCUGUCCGGUUUGGGGCUGGCUUUCCCCGCGAUCAUACAAACCUGCACGUUCUGGAGCGUGUACACGCGCUCGGAACGAAUGUGGAUGGUGGCUAAGAACAUGUCGCUGGUACUGUUCGGGCUGCUGGGUCUGGUCAUAGGAACGUACACGAGUCUCCGUGACAUAAUAGCGAGCUUCUCGUGAAGCGCUUGCUACGGUGGAUAACGAGGAGACCAUGAACAAGGGAGGGGGUGGAAGCAAGUAUAGGGGGAGGCGUUGUUCUCCGGAGGGGAAGGACGCGGUAAUGUGAUACGUAGCGAGGUUUCGUCGCCAAAAGAGUACCUAAGGAUUGGGUCUGUUUUACUUCAGACCCGUGGAUCUUACUUCCGUCGGAGACGUAUUUCAUAAAUACGAUCCGAGCGCCGCACGAUAUGGGAUCGCGAGCUGCGGUAAAAUAACGAAAGCGUAGGAAGAGAGAGAAUAAAAAUAUGAACGACGCGCUAGCGUGUCGCGAUCGGUGAACUAAAUUUGAAGAUGUUAUUUCUAUGAAAUCAAGUUCGCCUGUUGACAAAUAAUUGUUUUUAUUCAUUUGUUGUAGCCGUGAUUCGAUGCCAAAUCACGGAUUAAGUGAAUGUAGCAACGGAUGAGAUUGAUGCGAGCGUGAUUUGGAUACGUAGAUCGGUUUAAGUUACGCGAACGAAUCGCCGAGCAACGGAUGUUCGCCUGAUCAUUGGAAACGGUCGUCCAAC